AUACUUGUCCCAACUAUGCCACGUCCAUACUAUGCCGCGAACCUACUGUGCUACCGUUUUUUUAAAUUUGUUUUCUGAAAUCAUGUUCGUCACUAGAGCUCAUUGUUGGCCUAAUAUUCUUCUUACUACGGAAUUUCAAUAGCAAAACCGGAUCGCACUCCUCUUCCGUCAACCACGUCUUGUCAAGUCAAUUUUAUCAUAAUUCGUGAUUAUUAAAUUACAAUGAGAGCUAUAGAGUUAUUUAGUGGAAUUGGUGGUAUGCAUUUUGCGUUGAAAGAAUGUGAUUUAGGCAAAAAUAUUGAAGUUGUAUUAUCAGUUGACAUAAAUCCUGUAGCUAAUAAUGUUUACAGACAUUUCUUUCCUUUAACCAACCAUAAAGAACUGAAUAUAUUGAAAAUUAAGCCUGAACAAAUCAAUACUUAUAAUGCCGAUAUCUUGUUAAUGAGUCCACCAUGUCAACCAUUUACUAGGAAUGGUCUAGUUAAAGAUAUUAAUGAUGAAAGAACAAAGCCUUUUUUACAUAUUAUCAAAAAUCUUAUUCCACAAUUAAAAUCUCUCAAAUAUAUAUUAGUUGAAAAUGUAAAAGGAUUUGAAUGUUCUAUUACUAGAGGUGAACUUGUAAAUUCUUUAAAGCAAUGUGGUUUCAAUUAUAGGGAAUUUAUACUCAGUCCUACACAUUUUGGCAUUUGUAAUUCCAGAACAAGAUACUAUUUGUUGGCUAAAAAAGAACCAAUGGAUUUUGUUAUUACUAGUAAUGAAAUAGUUUGUGAAAACACUUGGGAUACGAAUUUAUAUAAGUCUAUUAAAAAAGUGUCAGAUGUUCUAUGUGAAUCUGGAGUAAAUCUUGAAAAAUAUUUAUUAAAUGAUAAUAUACUAUUGAAGUAUCAUAAAGUAUUAGAUGUAGUUUCAAAAGAUAGUGAUAGAUCAUGCUGUUUUACUCGGUCCUACAGCACUUACGUUCAUGGUACAGGUUCAAUUUUUUCUAAUUUAGAACAUGAAAAAAUUCAAAAAAUUAUCAAAAACGACAACUGUGAUUUAGAAACAUUAAAAAGUUUGAAAUUAAGAUUUUUUACACCAUCUGAAGUUGCUAAGUUUAUGUGUUUUCCUAUUUCAAGUUUUCCAGUUAGCGACAAAAAAGCUUAUCAACUCUUGGGCAAUAGUGUUAAUGUAUAUGUUGUUUCAAGACUAAUAAAUUUAUUACUAUCCUAAAAAAUACAACUUUCUCAUCUUAAUACUGUUUACUAACGAAGACUACAGGGAUAAAAUGGUAGUAAUCCAUUAUUUUUACAUUGACUUUAUAGUUUAAUUCGAUAACCCAAUGGCAGUAGUAUCAAGUAAUGAAAUCCAUUCAAUGAAAAAUAAUUUUAUAUUACUAAUAUUAAAGUUUAUUCUUGUUUUCUUACACUUGUUAGCCAAAUUAAACUUUUUUUAUAUACUUAUGAAAAUAUAUAAUUCUAAACCAUUUUUCGCUGAAUUUAAAUUGCCCUUUAAAAUUAUUUAAUUUUGUCAGUUUUCUACACGUGUACUAAUUUUUAAAACAUUGAAAUUUGACUUAUAAAAAAUAAUUAAAUAUAGUAACAAAUCUUUUUUUCAAAUGACUUGAAAAUUUUUUUUAUGUUAUAGAAUGUUUUUCUUUUACAAAAUUUCUGAUCAAUUUUUCAAGUUAAACUUAUUUUAUAAGGUGAAUUUGAUGGUGGUUUUAUAAAAAAUAAAGCUAAACUUUUUACUAAUUAAUUUUUUUAAUUAAGCUCGCAGAUGAAAAUUUACAACCUUUUAAUAAAAAGUUUUAUGAUACUUUCAAAACUUAUAUAUAUUUCUUUUUUUUUGUUAUUGUGUGAUUAGAAACUGUUAUUUUUAUGCUAUUAAUCAAAAAAACUAUACAAAAUUUCAUAUAAAAUAGUGUUACAGACAUAAAUUCUAUUAACAAAUUAAAUUAUACCAAUCAAAACGUGAUUUUAUGUAACUUUUGACACUCAAAAUUAUGUUUAAUUAAAUUUAUCUUAGUAUAUAUAAAAUAUAUUUUCACUUGAAACAGAAAUAAAAUAAACAAAUUCUUAUGUACUUUUAUUUUAUCUUAAAUUAGAUUUUAAUACAGGAAUACAAAAAAUUUUAAUAAAUGUUAUGUUAUAAAAAGGAAUGUAUAUACUACUUUUUUUUUUUUAUCAAUUAUAAGUAUUUAAUUGAAAUAGAAGAUAAAAUGAAAAUAUUAUCUAUUAAAAUUUUUUUCAUAAUUAAUUUUGAAGUAUUUGAUGAUUAAUAUACAGAAAUGGACUACUACCUUGUACUCUUCCAAUAGAUUAUGACACACUAACACUAUAACUAAUGAUAAUAUUAUAAUAAUUAGGGACUUCCUCAGCGAUCUCUGCUCACUUUAAGACAAGAACUCCAACUAACACUAGUACAAAACACCUAUCAAUCAUCUCAAACUCUAAAAAAAAUUGAAUUUAGGUUAACUCUCUUACAUAAGGAUAAAAGGUAAUGAAGAAGUUGACAAAACUGCCAGGCAUACCACCAUAUCUCAGAUACCACUUCUAGUGAAUUAAUUAAAGAAAUCAACCACAAAACACAACAUACAUGGUUAACUAAGUGGGAUCAAAAUCUAACAUGAUAUAAACUAAGACAAGUUAAAUGAAAUAUUAAUUAGUGGACUCCAACAAUGAACAUUACACAAAGAAUUUAAAUUAUCUAUAAAUCCAUCUUGAAACACCUACCUGUCCAAUAUUAAAGCAAUGGGAGAAGAAUAGAACACCAAUAUAAUCACUUUUUUCAAAAAAAUUUAACUUGAUCAUAAGUAAUAGUGUAAGGAAUUUUUAUAAUAAUCGUUUGUUUAAAGUGAGCUAUUAGCCAUGUAGCUAAAGCUCAUCAAAAAAAAUUCAUAAUCUGUAAACAAUAGGUUAAAUUUGACACAAUAGUCAAUUAAAACAAAUUUAAUGAAGAA